AUGAACAAUAUCGAUUUAGAAGAAAUUGAAAAGUUCGAACCCUUACAAUGGACUAUGCCUCGGGAAAUCACAAAUGACGAAGCAAAAGUAUGUACUUAACAUAGUAAAACGUAUUCACAGUUCGAUAAGUUAUAUUGCAUUAUAACCUAUACAAUUUUAAUUUUUGUAAAUGCAAUUUUAUAUUAUGUGUACAACAAUUCACCCAAUAAUAAUACAUCCAAGUAUAGGAAAAUACAGUCCUAAUGUAUUUACUUAUGUACAAAUAAAAAUAAAACAUGAUUUAAAAAAAAAAUUAUUAGCGUAAAAACCGAAUGAUAAGUGUGUAUGAUUUUUUUUAAAAUUCGAUUAUUAUAGAACGAACCAUGACCAAAUUUUUUUUUAGAGUAAUGACACCGAACAAACUUGCGAACAAAUAUCCAUUUUGGAGCAGAUAUUUCCUCCGAGAGUGUGGACUCGCACGAUUGACGGCAGCGAGCCGAAAAUGUGGAAACAAACGAUUUCGAGAGAGUUGCCGACUAGGUGCGAUCUAAGAAAUAUGAUGAACGCGUUGGCGUAUCGCAAUGAGUUUUAUAAAGCACAUGCCACGGGGAUAUGCGAGAUAAGAAGCGUUUUGUACAGUUUGGUUUUUGGUACCACAAGUUUUAUAAUGAUAAAUAAUUAUUAGGACCUGGAUUUCGAAACCUGGCUGUAAUAAAAAAACGGACGGACAUAUUUACACCGCGGGUGGUGUGAAUCAAUCUUAUUUUUAAUCUUUAAACCUUUUUAAACCAAAAGAACCAGCUUUUCCUCAUUAAUCUUAUUAUCUUAAUCUUAAUCUUAAUAGUAAUAAGAAUUUUAAAAAAUGGCCUUCCUAAUGUACCAACUAACGCCAAAAUUCAACAAAAGAAGUCUUUUCUCAUGUUUUGAUUGCAACAAGAUUUCUAGGAUAAAUUGUGUACACAGUAUAAAAAAAAAAAUAACAAUAAUAAAAUAAAAUAAAAAUCAUUGUAAAACCAAUAUUAUAUUCUUGCUUUCACUCAGAAUGUAAAACAAAACAUAAAAUGUCCACUUAUCAUUUACAAAUACAUGCCAUUCGCAUGAAUCGAAUAAUGUACCUACUCGUAGAACGUACUAGGACACUUUUUCUAAAAACUAACAAUAAUUUUGCAUUUCACAUUGAAAUCCGGGAUUCCGAACCCUAUAUUAAUGUGACGAAAACAUUAUAAUAUUAUUUAUAUUGUGUUAUUGAUAAAUUGAAAAAAGACGAAAUCCUGAGACAAGUAAUACUGGUGGACGAGGACUUGGGUGCAGUACUUUACAGGGUGUAUCGUGAGUUCAGGCACGUGAUUUUUCUUUACAAGCAUUUGGUUGAGAAAAGCAUUGAAGUACCGCCACCGAUGGACGCCGACGAUACGGUAAUCUCGGUUUACGAGAAUUAUUUUGUUUAUAUAUUUAUUUAAGUAUAAUGUAGGUAUAUAAAAAGAUUUCAGCUCUUAAAACAUGAAAAUAUGCACUAAAAUAUACUUUAGAAAACAAUAGUCUGAAAAGUCCUAACAUGCUCUAAAAUAUAAUAUGCUCUAUAAUGAAAUACUUAAAGUACAGGGAAUAAUCAAAUUUUAUCGUGUGUUCGCGGGCAAUCCAUAGAUGUCUUCCUGCUGUAUUUUACCAUCGUUACAUUUUUUUGAAUUUUGAAAUUUUUGAAACAAUUUUCAAUCUAAAACCCACCUUUUAUUGAAAUGUCAUUAAUAAUAAACAAUUUGCUUCUUCGAAACACACGAUUUGGUUUUCAUACAUUUUCUAUAGAUUUUUAGUGAUGAAUCAGACGGAACAAUCCCCUUUUUCCCAAAAUACUUGUGAACUGGAAUAGGUUUUCGUCACUAUUGAAUGUAAUAUGAAUUGUUCCCCAUCUAUUAUAUAUAGUAGAACGUUGGUAAACAAAAAAUAUCCGAUUACAAAAUAAUUUAUUACAACAUUAGACUAUACUACUGACAAUUGUACUACUUUCGAAAAAAAAAAAUAAUAAAUUUGAUCAUACAAAUGAUAAGGGCGAGGGAACUGAAAGUUUAAAUCCCCAAAAUACACAUCCCUGAUAUAACAAGACACAAUUUAAUGUUUCUAGCUUUAUUCGGGGAACUUUAGAGGAGUACGAAGUUAACAAAACAAUUUAUAGUACUAAAAUUGUUUAUCUAAAAGAGCUGCCCUAGGAUAAUGGGGAUGAGCGCAGUUACUGUUAUAGGUGAAAAGCUCGAAAGGUAUUAGAGGGGAAUUUUGAUGUAUAUCUGUAAACAACAUAUUUCAUAUAUUUUGAUAAAAUAAUUAUAUAUUUUCUUUAAUAAUAUUGUAUCUAUUUUCUCGUAUAACCGCGUUUUUCACGGUUUUCCUCUGUUUUUUUCCUAUUUAUCGAAAAAACUCCUGGGAAAAUCAGCAGUAAGAGAACGUUGGUAUAUAUUAUUCGACUCUUAUUGUUAUUGCAAACUGGUUUAUACAAAAUCAAUAUGAAAUUUAAAGCAAGUGUAAUAAGAUUAUUAAUAAUAAUUAUUAUUACACAUUUAUAUUAAUAACACUAGUUUACGAUACAACAAUAUUCCCAUUAUAACACGAUGUCGAAAUUUAAUAUGUACGUAUGUAAGUAUUGGUAGGUGUACACUCGUACAUAACUAUUAUAUCGGCUGUUUAUGGGAACGUAUUAUAAACCUAUACAGUAUGACCGUCUGUCGGAAAGAAUGCGUUUAAAUAUAUACGACUACGAUAGUCGCAUUAGGAGGAUAUAAUGCGUUUUACACUAUAUAAUAUAACAUAGCAUAGUAUGGUAGGUAUGAAUACGUCGACCUGUUGAAUACGUGUGUAAACUGGUUGAAAGCAUAUUAUAGAUAGGCUGCAGGUUUAGGUACGGACAUUUCUAUAUAAUAUGCGUGUACAAUAUUAUACAUACACAGUAAUAUUGUAUUAAUAUACUACCGACCACCUGUGACCGUUUCGUCGGAAGACGUUUCGAUUAAAAAUCCACUCUUGAUUGGGAAUACUCGAUAAAAACACGUACAGGAAUAUAAUAAUUAUAAAAUAUAAAAUAAUUUACAAUAAUCGCGGGUCAAAAGUGUGCGUAAAGGGGUGUAAUACGUAUUAAUGUAUGUAGUCAUCACGCAGUAACCUAUUACGAUUUGAGAUUUUUCCCAAAUUAAAUGAAAAAAAAAAAAAAAUACGACUUUGUAUCGUGGGUAAGCCACUCGCGGUCGUAGGUGCAAAUUUCGGAAUGUAUAGGGUAAACAUUACGGUACCUACAAGUCCGGAUCAAAACAUUUAAAGGCCCAAAAUUUUCGACGAAACUCUCGUCAAAAGAUCAAUAUGAUAUACGAUUUGAAAAAAUGUUUACUAAUCAAUAUGUUUUAACAAAAUAAAAGUAAUAAAUAACAUAUAGACAUCAUAUAGAUCUCGAUUCAAAAGACACUAAUAUUAUUGAAAUAAAUUAGUAUAUUGGUUUUAACAAAUAAUCACUAUAGUAGUUUCUAGUGUUUCUACUAACAAAAACCCACAGUCAACUACGUGUAAAAACCUCGCUAAGAAAAAAAAAAAAAAGUUAGAAAAGUUGUGAUAUCAAGAAGGGGCUAAGUAUUUUUUUAAAUUCAUUAGCAUAGAAAUCGUUUAUAAAUGUUUAUAUUUGAUGAAGUGCGAUGAUUUAAUACAAAUAUAAUUUAACUUAGCUUGGCGGCUACGAAUAUCUACGAUACAAUGCAGACAUGAAUAUUUACAUCCCCAUUGUAUAAUAUAUUAAUUUAUUAAUAAUUAAUAACGCUAUUUAAGUGCAUACUAUCAGUAGCCGCCAAUUUAAGUUAAAUUGUUUCUAUUAAAUUAUCGCACUUCAUCAAAUACAAACAAUCAUAAAACAAUGUCUUACACUAAUUAAUUUAAAAAAUUACUUAGCCCAUUUUUAAUAUCACAAUUUUUCUAACUCGAUUUUUUUUCUCUUAGCGAGGUUUUUACACGUAGUUUACGGGGGAUUUUUGUUGGGACACUUUAUUAAAAUUGUGGAUUAGUUAACCUAUGUUUUUUCGUCAGUCAAUGGAAAAAUAUUAAAAUAUUAAAGUACAAUUUUAAUGGUUAAAUUCAUACAUAAAGAACACACUAUAGCAAAAACUAAGGCCCUGGGAUUCUGUUGGUCUGGGGGCCAUGGCUCUCCCUAGACCCUCCCCCUCCUUAAUCUGAGCUUAAGUACCCAAUUUAGUUAAUAGUUCAAAGGCAACGAUAAAUCAUUGCAAUCAACGAUUCGAAGCGGAACUCGAUAAACUGUAUAAGCAAUAAGACGUACGUUAGACAAAUCCCCCCCCAUUUAAAAAUCUAAAAACAAAUUAUGUAAAUAUUUCGCACGAAUUCGCACGCCUAUUUUUGGAAUUCACACGACACUCUUUCUCCCAGGAAGUCGAAUAUUCAUCGAUGGGAUGGGAAGAUGCGUCUCACCAGUCCCCCUAGAAAUGUUAACAUUUUUCAAUUUUUUUUUUGCAGAUAUUUAGCACGUAAUUUACUCAAAUUCGCACUCUUGUUUUUGAAAUUCGCACAACACCUUACCAAAAAAAUCCAAAAUCAUAAAUAAAAUUUACAUUUUUUAAUUUUUUUUUUUUUUUGCCGAUAUUUAGUACUCAAUUAGCAUGGUUUUAUAUACAACUGUAUUCUAAUAUUUGCUUUUAACCUAUUUGUUUUCAAAUUAUUAUAUUUUUAAAUUUUAUUUAUUAUUGUUAUGAACCACUAGAUAAUUUAGUCUAGAUUAUUUUAUGUUUUAAUAUUAUUAGUAUAUUGUGUUUGGUUAUGCUGAGACAGCAUAUCGGACUGCGUCGGCUCGACACGGCCCUGUCCCCCCGAGCAUAAGCCAGGCAGUCUGGUCGUAACAGAGCAUUGAACAGAACCUCCGUAAAUCCGAAUAUUAUAUUUGUCUAAUUAAUUGUAUUUAAAUUAAAAUAUAGUUGUAUAAUUACUUUAAACUCGUGUGCGUUCACCUAUUAUUUUUAUUUGUUGUUGACUUUCUAAAAAGUUCAUAACAAUUAUAAAUAUUUAGCAAAUGUUUUGUAGAUUGGCAUUUGAAAUUUAAAUUGUUAAGAAAUUAAAAAUUCAUGAGUAAAUAACGAUCUUUUCUCAAAUCCAAUAUAAGUAUUAUUACUAAGUUUCAAAUCUAUAGGUGUAUUUAUAAUCAAAUUACAGCAAAACCUCCAAAAAAUUUAAAUCUCUAAAAAGCUCAAAAGUGUUGGCAAUGAUACCGUGAGAAAGUAAAUCAAGAGGGCAACAAAAAAAAUAUCUUGUAACUUUUCGAUUAAAUCAUUUUUUCUGGUAGAAAACGUCCGUUUUUAUAAAAUAAUGAAAUCGUAAAAUUGUGCAUUUUCCUACGUUUUCUCCCAUGUAUGUGCUAUUAUUUAAAAAAUCGACUCGGAAAUCAAUAAGUACAAUCUAAAAAACUUGAGCUUUCAGAAAAUUUGCUACACGUAAAAAUCGGAUCAAGUGUACAAGAAAAAACGUGUCCACAGACUAGAACAAAGAAAGAAAGACAAAAUAAUAAACAGCAUUGUAAAAUAAAUAGCUCCCUCGUUACAUUUGGAAUCUAAAAAAAAACCGUAAAUAUUUAUUUGACUUAUUAUUUUAAGUUAAUAAAAACACAGGCAAUUUAAAAAUAAUUUUUUUAAACUCAUGAUUUUCGUAUGUUAUGAGUGUUAUUACUUAAUGUGAUUAAAAAUUUUACUAUACUUGUUAGGUUGUUGUGUAAUCUUCCACGAAACUAAAAGUGUACUGUUAUGCCAUAUUUUCACGAUUUUCAUACAAAAAAUAUCAAAACCUUGAAUUUUUUUUAUUUUUUUUAGGGGGAAGGUGGUGGAUUUCAAAAGGUGUGAUGCCUAACCUAACCUUUGGAGAAGUGGGAACGCUCGACAGCGAAAAAGCGCGGUUUUUUUUUUGUGCACACUGAUAAAACGAUAACAUACGAAAAACAUGUUUUUAAAAAAUAGAUUUUAAACUACUUGUGUUUUUUGCUAACUUAAAAUAAUAAAUAUUUAUGGAUUUUUUUUUUAUUAAAAUGUACAUACUAAUUUAAAACGGUGCUUUUUUCCCUCAAUUCUCUAUAAUAUUUAGGCUUAACCUUUUGAGUCUCUUGUAUUUAAUAUAAUAUAUAAACACAGUAUAAUAAUAAUAUGUAUUCAAGAUUUAUUAGUCCUAAAAUACGAUCACCUCCCCGUAAAAUUAUUUAUUUUUACUAUUAUAUACUUAGUACUGGCUAAUUUAUUUACGAUUAAUUUUGUAUAUUUUGGGUUAAUAAGUACUUAAAAAAAAUUCAACACUGUUUUAUUAUAGGCAUUAGACUGUUUUUUAUUUUCAUUUUUUUCGAAUUAAGACUGGAAAUUGCCUUUUUGUCUCAGACCUUGUCAAAAAAAAAUUUAAAUUUUUCUAUUUAAAUAUUAAAUAUAGAGAACUAACGAUACUUUCAAUUAAAUCGCAUUUACUCAUCAAGUUCGAAAGUUAUAAAGCCGUACAUAGUUUUUUCUUAAAGAUCACAAAAAAAUAUAUAAAAUUUAAUUGGCAUCAAGUGAAAUUUUACUGUUAUAAUAUUAGCUCAUUCGUAAAAUUGAUUUUCAAAUAGUUACCUAUAUUGAAAAUUCCACAAAUAGACAGAGUAUUAAUUUGAAUUCAUUUUUCAUACAUGUAAGCGUCGUGUGCCUCAUUGCCACAUACUACACUACACUAUACCCCCUACCUAAACAUACUUAAAAGUGGAAUAUCUCGUCAAUAGUUUGAUGGAAAUUAAAAAUGUUGACAUCAAAUUUAAUAUUUUAGGGUGGCUUAUCUUAAAAAUUACACAAAAAAAUUCCAAAAGAGUUGAUAUUUUUCGAGCUAUCGCAAUGGGUUUAUCUUCGUGGGACAACUUGUAUAGAGUCUAUAGACAUACCCAUACUAUCUAUACGAGAAAAAGUCAAUAGUGUAACCCUAAAAACGUACCUAUCGUAAAAUAACGUUAUUUAAAAUAUAAUUUAUAUAGGUACUUGAUAUAAAUUAUUACGCGUUUUAGAUCGAACCCGAAUUGAUCAAGGAAAUCGAAGACUUAAAAACUGUCAAUAAUGAUUUAACAAUAAAAUGUAGACAUUCAAAACAGGCAUAUUCGGAAGCGCUGAAGAAAAAACAGGCAAUUCAAGAUCGAAAGUACCCGAUGAUAGUCAGAGAAAUCUAUAAAAAUCUAAUGAACGACAUACGAAGAUCGACUGGACAAAUAAAAGUAAGAAACGAGUACUUAUAGUCAAAUCACUAACUGUUGUAAAGGGAGAAGUCUGAUAAAAGCUUAUGGUUUUACAAAGAUGUUUAUUCAUUUUUUUUUUUAUCUGAGCAACUUUUUUACCAGAAGAUUUGCUCAGAUUUUUAAGUGUAGCGCCUUUUCUGAAAAUAAAUUUAUUUGGAAAGGUACCUUAAGGAGGUCAUUUUUUGAUUUUCUCAGAAGUUUUCUCAUCAAAUUUGAAAAACCGAAAAAAAAAUACUGGAAAACGUACAAAAUAUAUAUUACUAAAAUAUUACGGUUUUUUUUCCUGUACAUAAAUUUUCUACCAGCAAUUUUGCUCUAAUUUAUAAUAAUAGCAAUGUUUAUAAAAGAAAAUCUGACUGGAGAGGUACUUUAGAGAGGACGUUUUUCGAUUUUGAAAGCAGGAUAAAACAUAGAAAAACCGGAAAAAACGUAGGAAUACUGGGAAAAUCGGUACAAAACUAAACAAAUAUCAUUAAAGAAAAUAUAUAAUACCUAUUUAAUUAUUUUACAUAUUUUAAAUAUGACAUAUAUAUUGUUGACAAAGCAUCACUAUCAACUGAACUCCACUCAGAAUCGUUUUUUCGUAAGAAAUGGUUUAUCGUUGCUUACGGGUAUACAUUAAAUACAUCCCAUCGCCAUUAUCGUAGGACGUCUUUUGUUAACUUUUAAUCUCAUUGGCCCAUUAAUAUCAAAUGUCAAAUCGCUCGCUUAUUAUUAUUAUUAUUUUUUUUUUUUUUUAGUGUGGGGACAUCAUUCGCCCCGAUUAAUAAAAAAUAAAUAUAUAAAUUAAAGUAAAGAGUAAUUAAAUAUAAUGUAUUUAAUUGUGUUAUAGGACCAGUUCGCCUUGAUCAAACCACCAACAGACUGGAAACCACAAACGUAA